GUGGACUCUUAGAAAAUGGCACAGGCGGAUCCCAGCAGCUCGAGUGGUGGGAGGAGUGGCAGCGGCCAUGAAGCCCAGCUUCGCGAAGGCUCUCGGCGCGCCGCGGCCCGCAGGCACCCGGCACACGCCUGCCCCGCUGCCAUGAUGCCCAAGAGGAAGGUCAGUUCCGCCGAGGGGAUGGCGAAGGAGGAGCCCAGGGGGAGAUCAGCAAGGUUGUCCGCUAAACCUGCUUCUGCAAAAGUGGAAACAAAGCCGAAAAAGGCGGCAGGAAAGGAUAAAUCUUCAGACAAAGAAGUGCAAACAAAAGGAAAAAGGGGAGCAAAGGGAAAACAGGCCGAAGUGGCUAACCAAGAGACAAAAGAUUUACCUGCAGAAAACGGAGAAACCAAAAAUGAGAGAAACUAAAAAUGAGAUGAAGCAGGAGAGAAAGAAGCGAAGUCUGAUUAAUAGCAUACACCUGGUCUUAUCAGUCGUCCCUGUCUCCCUUCUUGUACAAUCCAGAGGAAUAUUUUUAUCAACUAUUUUGUAAAUGCAAGUUUUUUAGUAGCUCUAGAAACAUUUUCAACAAGGAGGGAAUACCACCUCAUCCCAUUUUUAAAGUGUAAAUGCUUUUUUUUUAAGAGGUGAAAUAAUUUGCUGGUGGUUUAUUUUCUGAUACAACCAGAAAAUAGUGGGAUAUUGAAUAUGGGAGGCUUUGAUUGUUUUCAGUGUCAGCUUAACAUUCCACAGAUAGGGGGUUAGUUUUUUAUAUCCUAUAAUACAGAGCAUAAUUAAAUUGCAGUUUGGAGUCAGUUGUGCAUUUAAUGUCUUGAACACUUUAAAUUACUUCUCUUCCCACAUUGUUUUUGGUAGAAUUGUUUCCUAAAGCAAACCACUCCUUGAUCUUGGCUCUCCUCUAUCGGAAUUUUGUGUACUCUGUAACAUCUUUGGUCGUGGUAGUCCAGUUUUCCUAGUAACUUUGUUAAUGUGCUGUGAACGAUUGAAAAUUUUAGUAUGUAUGUAGUGUAUAUGAUAUUAAAUUGUGAAUUGGUGGGACUUAUGAUGUAACAGCAUAUCAACAUUGGAUUGGUACUUGAUACCCUGUUAAGGAAAAUUUGCUUUCAGAUUUUCAGCUGGAAAGUCACUGGAAUAACUGUUUGGAAAAGAGUCACAACUGCAUGAUUUUUGGUGUGUGUAUUAAGAAUUGUGUACAAAUUGAAAUGUUUGUACUGAUCCUCAAAACAACCAAUGAAAUCUCAGUUGUGAAAGAAAA